AUGGCGGUGCUCCAUGGCGUUCGCCAUUUUUUCGCCGCCUCCGGAUAUGAGCUCCCGAUUGAACACCCGCACAUCCGCAUGCUUCUCAAAGGAAUUAGCCGUCUCGACACGUCCCGACGCCGCAAGGCAGCCAGCAUGCUUUCGAGGCCUGGCCAUGGAACAUCUCCGUGGCCACGCCCUGUGGGGGGGUAG